AUGGCAUCAGCUUUCUUCGCGUCGUUGGAGCGGUGUUCCUGCAUCAACCUCUCCACCUCCGACGACGCUGACGACGCCUUGGAAGCUCAAGAUCGUCCCCUCAUGUUCUCCAACUCCAUCUCCAAGUCCAAUUCCUCCUCCGCCGCCAUCUUCUCCGCUGCCGAUCCGGUUGUUUCUCUUCGUGCCUGA